UCGGUAUAAUCUUCCUCUAAGGAAUUUGGCUUCCACGGCUCCAAGAGGUCACAGGUCACAGAGGAACCAAUAGAAACAGGAAACAGAGUUUCCUCGGUCUACUUUCCAAUACUCAAAAACCUGUUUCCUUUGUCUCCCGCAAACACAAACCUGGCAAUCUGGUGUUUGGUUCAGAUCCGUCGUGAAAGCAACAGCACAAAGCAAAAGAGUUUAGGCGGCCUCUGCUGAGGACGAUAUGAAAGGCACGCCGAGGUCCUUGCAAGCCAAGAGAAUGUGGGAGAUAUUUUCAGUAUUGCUUUUAUUAACCUUGGGACGAAGUGGCGCAGAAGACAAUUCAACAGACCCGGCCUUGGUCACAACUUCGGAUUCCAGCACAGUGGAAAUAAGUCAUCCUGGCUUUGCUGUUCCUGAAAUCCAGAGCCUGGGACGUGUGGAGCCAACAUCAUCGAUACCAGAUUCUUCUCAGAACCCCACUUUUGUGCAGACUAUAAAACAGGAUGGGCAAGACAUAAAACGUAGCAUUUUUACAACCCAGGAGGAAAUUCAAAGCUCACCAACUCCAGCUACAACCCGGCAAGGAGAAAAUAUCGCUCUUAAAACUCCUAGCAGAGAAAAGGACCAGGAUGCUAGUGUUACAAAUGCCAAGGCACCGAUCCUACCUAAGGAUGGAGGAAAUCCAGCACAGAUCCUGCCCCGAAAGGGUCCUCUUGAAAAGGAAACACUGAAAAAACCAGUUGUGGGCAGAGCUUCCAGACAAUCGGGCUAUGGCAGCAACAGCGGCCAGCAGGCUAAAGAUAACAGGAGCCCCAGCUUUGAUACUACCAGGGGAAAGAACUGGUGUGCCUACGUUCACACAAGGCUUCAGCCGACAAUUGUGGUUGACAACGUACAAAGCUACAGCUCCGGGAGAGCCAACCCAUGCACUUGGAUUACGGGAUCCUGUGGAACAAGUUCCCAGUCAAGGACCCACCAAGUUUACAGGAUCAAACAUAUGAUAGUUACCUCACUGGAGUGGAAAUGCUGCCCAGGAUACAGUGGAGGAACAUGCCAGCCAACAGCCCAACAGGAUCAAACGCUCAUCCACAGCAACCAGGCAGAGAGCAACACAGCUACUACUGGGCAAACCCUGAGAAAUGACCAGCAGCAGCAGGAGCCCAAUGACCAAGCAGUUGCACAAAAAGUGAAUGAACAGAUUAGCAGCCAGGAGAUGAAACUGACUUUGCUACAGAAGAAGGUUGACAACAUUUCAGUCGUCAUGAGAGACGUGAGCCGGACGCUUUCCUCUCUGGAAGGCAAAAUCAAUGAAGAUAAGAGCCAAGAUUUGGCGGCGUUUCUAAAAGGUUUCAAAUCCAAAAGCGUGACCGAACUGAUCAGAGAAAUCGUAAAAGAGCAGUUUAAAGCCUUCCAAAGUGACAUGCAAGAGACAGUGGCUCAGAUUUUCAAGAUCACAUCUGAUCUCUCUGAAGAUCUUGAGAAUACCAAAGGCUUGGUCAAAGGUCUGAAUAAAUCCUGCCAGAGAUUUGCCCUUGAUAUUGAAAAUAGACCUACGAGGGUUGAAAUACUAGACAUUCGAACCCAGAUCUUGCAUAUUGAAGAAGAUAUAAGCUCUACGUGUGAAAGGCCAAUCAAAGAACUGCAAGAAAAGCAGAGCUCUUUGGAAGCUGACUUAGAGCAUCAAAGCUCAAAGAGUGAUAUUUACUAUGGCUCUUUGAACAAAACUCUUACACAAAUGAAAGAAGCACACGAACAACUGCUAUCAGCAGAGCAACGCUCAGUCCAGAAUAUACCCAUAGCGGCUGAAUCAAUGAAUGAUAAUCUUACAAAUUUCAUGACAAAUUUACAGGAGAAAAUGAAAACACAGAACCUGAUGGUUUUGCAGCUAUACGAUGAUCUCAGAAUCCAAGAUAACAAGAUCAAUAAUCUUACCCUCUCAUUAGAAAUCCAGAGACACGACCUACAAGGUAGAUGUGACAACAUAUUGUCCGAAUGCAAAAGUGAGAUCCAAAUGCAAAUAAGGGGUGUGGAAGGGGAUAUCCGUUCCUUAAACAAAACGGUGGAGAGUCUUAUAUUUCCCUUGGAUGAUAAAAUGGAGAAAAUGAAUGAGCAGAUUAAUGACCUCUGCUAUGACAUGGAGAUUCUCCAGCCUUUGAUUGAACAAGGAGUUCCUUUCAGCCUUUCAUCAGAGGAUGAGUUGCGGCUCGAAACAGUUGCUAUUAGUAGAAAACUGGAGAAUUUAACCAGCCUUGUGACAACGCUGAACUUCACCAUCGAGGAACUCCACAAAAAUCAAAAGGAACUUAAAAAUGACGCUCAGGCUCAUGAUGAAAUUUCUAGGAGGCGGAUCGAUGAAUGUUUCGUUUUGAUGGAGGAUGGGUUAAACAAAACCAUGAUGGUUAUCAACAGUGCUAUUGAUUCCAUCCAAGAUAACUACGUCCUCAAAGAAACUCUGACUGCCUGGAAAAAUGAGACCGAAGCUUGCUGUGAUCGUGGGGAGAAAAUGGAAAAUAUGUUGACGUUAAUACCGCAAUUUCAAAAGAUGAAUGAAUCCCUUCAGAUGCUAGUCAGCCAAAACGAGAAACCAAAGAGAAUUUGGCCCACUGUAGAAUCUUCCUUUGGCGAACGAGACAUCCAUCAACUCAGCAGAGGUCACCCUAACCCAAACACCACAUUAUUAAAUGUUCAAGAGCACAAGAGAGACGCUGGUCAACCGGAUGAGAAAAUAUUGCACUCCAGCAACGAAUACAACGAUCAUGAAACACGUCUGCAGGCCGUGGAGGGGAAAAUCAUCAAAUUCUUGGCAAACAAUUGUGUCUCAGUAAGAAACGUGAAAGCGGCUGCCACAGAAAAUGAGAAAACCGUCUCCGUUCAGCUUCAGACCUUCAAUUCCAGAAUCAGGGCUCUUGAAGCCAAAAGUAUCCGCUUAUCGCUGAGUAUCCCUCUCUUAAACAAGACAGCCAACGAAGCGAGGGACUUGUGUCAGGAUGUCUCUGGAACCAUUCGAGAAAUGAAUGCCAGCCUUCCCAAACUGAUGCCAACUGUUCACUCGGAUGGCAUAUUGUUUCAGAAGGGCUUCCAAGAGCUCACUGGCGCCAUGAUAGAGGCCAAAACAGAAACACUUCUGGCCAACCUAACCUUGUACGUAGACAAAUCCCUAGAAAGGGCAGUAGACACCAUGACCAAACGGUUAAAGGCAGCUGCUACUCCUCCGAAGAAGCCACUGCCUGGGAAAAAGACACCCGUGAACACGGUUACAAAUCAGGCUGGGAGAAGUCAGAGAAACACUGAUUCUGCUUUAGAAACAGGGGAUUACCUGAGCUGUAGUAGCUCCCCGUGUCAAAAUGGAGGGACCUGCGUCAAUGAAAAGAGGGGCUUUGUCUGUGCUUGCCGCUAUCCUUUCGGAGGAGCCAACUGCAGCGCCAAGUUGACGGAGGAAAAUGCUGCAGCCAUAGAUUUCUCCAAGGGGUCUUACAGAUAUGCACCAAUGAUAGCCUUUUUUGCUUCGCACACCUAUGGGAUGAACACACCUGGUCCGAUUCGGUUUAACAAUCUGGAUGUCAACUAUGGGACCUCCUACGUCCCUGCAAAUGGACGGUUCCGCGUACCAUACUUGGGAGUAUAUGUCUUUGAGUAUAACAUUGAGUCAAGCAGCCCAUCCAUCUCAGGCUACCUUGUGGUUGACGGAACAGACAAGCUAGCUUUCCGAUCCGAAAAUGGAAGCGGAGACAAGUAUGUCACUAGAGUAGUUACUGGAGAUGCUAUAUUGGAACUGAACUACGGACAAGAAGUCUGGCUCAGACUGGCAAAGGGCUCUAUCCCAGCAAAAUACCCACCCGUAACUACAUUUAGUGGCUACUUAUUGUACCGCACAUAAAAGCUGCCAUCCAAUAUUUCUUCCCUGUUACUUCUCACUUCUUUCUACCCAAAUAAAGGAAAUCUCAUUUAGA